CCCAAACAGAAAAAGAAAAGAAGAAUCUAAUCCACAAGUGUCAACUGCUAAAGUCCCUUCAUUAUCUUCUCUAAAAUGAUACCCCAAAUGCACACCGCAGGCAGCACUAGUAACAGCAGCACCCAUAUUAGCCAAACUUUCUGGUCACUAAAUUUCAACAGAUCAAGAUUAUACCAUCAAUUCUACUCCCACCCUUUCUCCUCAUCUUCAAUCUGGAACUGGAAACUUAUUCAUGUAAAUGGGAAUGGAAGUGUAAGGAAUCGCCAGGGAAUCAGCGGAAUUGGAAUGCUAGCAGCUGCAGUAGUGCUGUCGACGCCUCCGCCUUCAGAGGAGACAUUGUCUAAUAUACCCCUAGAACUUUCUGGAAAGUUCUGUGAUCCUUUGGAUAAGGAAUGUGAUCAAGCGAAUACUCAAAUGAAGAAGAGAAUUCAACGCCCGAAGUCUAGGAAUGCAGAGAAAUGUACUACUAAAUGUGUUGGUACUUGUAUUCGUGGAGGUGAUGGCUCCCCCGGUGAAGGUCCUCUCAAUGUUCGAAGACCCAUUAUUGUCUUCAAGCAAGGAUUUCGGAGUCGUCAAUAUUGCUUGGUGGAAUGCUCAGAUAUAUGCAACUUGCUUGAUGAUGUUGAUAAGGGUAAGUAAUUUGGAUACUAUCACAUGAUUCAUCAAUCUUCUCGCAAAUGAUGAAUCGGAAAAUCAAUCUUCUCGCAAACUAUAAAUCGAAAAAUGCAAAUUAGCUAGCGAAUUAUGUUAAUCUGAACUUGGGUCAUUGCAUUUUAUUUAUACUAUUUCAACCCCUUAAAUGCAUGUUCAAUGAGUACUUGCUCGCAAUUGGCAAUUCAUCGUGGGUAGUUCCGUGGAAGUAUUUAAAUCCAUGUAAUACUCCUUUUUUCAAUCAUUGGACGAAAUUCAUGUACAUAUUUCAUUGGACGAUGUAUUGUUGACAACAAUAAUGCUAGAGCUUUUAAUCCAUUUGAGA